CAGCUUAUGGGGCUUAUAUCUCCCCUGACAACAAAAUGGUGGAUAGAAGCUUUCCGUAAGCUGUUUUCGUUGUUGGGAAAAGUAGCAAUACAGAACAUUAGGUCCAGGUUUCAAGAUGGUGCUGACAGACCUCCCUUUUGACCGAUGCAAACUUUUGCACAACCGAUAUGACAUGAUCCGACGUCCAGACAGCGCCCCUUCCAAUGCGAAACCACCACCUAGUGAAGAGGAGUCUGCUGAACAGAGCAAGGAAUAUGCAGCAUUCCUCAAAUCACAAGAACGUAAAGUGGGCCCUGAUGGCUUCUUGGAUUCUAAUAGAUUCAGCUACACACAUUCCGUGAAAAAAGAGAAAGACACAACAAAACCGAAAUCUGUACGACCAAGAGCAAAGAGUGACACCACUCCAGAAAAUGUGGUGCAGCUUACAGCUAAAAUAAAGCGCGAUGAGAAAGACUAUGACAAAAGGAUCAAAGUUAUUGAGGACCACAUGUGGCAACACAAGCAGGAGGAAAGAGAACUGAAGAGAACAGAAGGAGACAUCAUAAAGAAUCAGCGUGCUGUCCGGCACACUCUUCGAGAUUAUGGAAAUGCUGUCAACAAGAAACGGAUAGCGGAAGAGAAAAAGCUCAAUCAGUCAUUAGAGAGAUUCACUAAAAUGUCCAGAGAUCAUGUCCACACCAGAGAAGAGAACUCAAAACAGCGUUCACAGCAAUCUCAGGCUCAUGGCUUGGCUCAUAAGGACCAAGCCCGAAAAAUGGAGCUCAAAGUAUCGGACCUAGAGCGGAAGUACCACGCCAAGAAAAGCGCUAUAGAGCUCAAGAGGGCAGAGGUCAAUCGACUUAGUCAGGACUUUGAAUCCAAGAUGAGGCAAAAGGAGGAGGAGCAGCACAAGCUAAAACAAGAGCUGGCAGAGCUAAGCAUCACUCUCAACAUGGAGGCCCAGAAGGCACGGGUUCAAAAACAUGACUACUCCAGAGACAAGAAGCGAGACACCACAAGCAGGAUCCACGAUGAUUUGAGUGCUCAGAAGAACCUUGACCAUAAGCUCACGAAGAGUGACGGGGAUAUAAAAGAAGCCAUGAUGAGCAAGAGGAAGCUCGAUGCGGACCUAGCUCUCACUAAAGCUCAUCUCGACAUAAAGAAGCGAGAUGAGCAAAGACAUCUGACAGACACCCAGAUCCGAUUGGAGGACAACACAACCACACAACGACAACUCAACGACUCUGCCUUCCACGCUGGCAUGGACCUCAAGGCUCGCCAGAUUGACCAGAAAGUUGAGGCCCACAAUGCCCGCCGAGUGAACCGCCUGACUGCCCACAUGAAGCAGAAGAAAGAGAAAGAGGACGGUCAGCAAGAGGUGUGGGAGCAAAGGUUCAGGGUUCGAGACCACGAAGCCCAGAGGAAGAAGCAUGAAGAUGAGCUGAAGUUUUUCCAGAAAAUGGUGAACAAAGGCGAGGAACAGGAGCAGAUGCUCUACUCCAACGUUCGCAAUGCCGAGUAUUCGCGCCAGAAACAGGACCAGGCCGUACGUCGUCUGCAGCAAAACCUGGCAGAAAUCAAGCGCAUCAACGCCGUCAAGAUGAAGAUGGACGCUGUAGAGAGGAAGAGACAGGAGGACGAUAUUCAGCAGCAGUUGAUACGGGAGAAGGCGGAGCUCGACAAGGUGCACGCCCAGCGAGAGGAGAGCUACUUGCGUCUCCAGGCCCACCGGCUCAAGCUGAAGGACGACAAGCACCUCCUGGUGGAGCACGACCGAGAGCACCAGAGACUGCUGCGGAUUGGCGCGCGGUCAGACAUGCAGGGUGACCACUACUGAGUGCUUGCUGCUCCCUGGAUCAGGUCGUGUGGCUUGACUGUUGUUGUUGGUGAUGGCGUUGCCUUGCCAUCUUGUCUCAAUGUUUGUUUAAAAGGGGGAAAGGGGGAGGGGGGAGAGGGUAUUAGUAUUACACUUUGGGGUAAAAGAAGUUUAAGAUAAUUCCAGAUUAGAAAUCACAGAUACAGUAUGUAUAAAGUUACACGAGUAAAAGAUAAUAAAUUGACAUACAGAGGAGAAAGAGACUGGGCUCCUAUGUGUGGGUGGCUACUUUCUCUAUAAAUUAGUUAUCAAUGCUUAAGGUUAAGGCUUGAGUGGUUAAAUAUGCGUAACGUCCGACGUUGCCGUUUCAUAGUCGAAAGUUCGUGUUACGUUUACACUAUUCCAACUUGCGGAUUGUCUUUUUUUUAUUGCCCUUCUAACGAAAGAAAACCCUGAUCCAGACGACGUAAUUUUACUGGGCUGAGUGAUAUUGUGUCAGAUUCUACUUUCCAGUAGAAAAAAACCCAGGCCGUAGUUAGAAUACUUUCCAGGCGUGAAUGUCUCUCCAAUCCAAUUUAGCACAGACUCCUCUUUCUCGGGAGAAAAGAUAUCACAGUAAUUUUAAAUUGUGGUCUCAUUGUAUCGCGGUUUGAUUAGUUAUUUUUGGCCUCUCUGGAAUGGCCAUGAAUUGCCAGGACAACUAAUUACUAGACAUUUUAUACAUUUAAUUGAAAGCCGAUAAUUUAGAUAAGUGUAGCAACUGAAUCCCCCAUCAUAGAGGCGUAAUGAAAUUAAAUUGAGACUUCCGAUAUGCCUUUAGCUUACUAAGUCGGCGCUUUGAUAAAAAAAACCCACUUCGGACACUGUCUCUUUAUGCAAUGAAAGAUAACUUUAGUGGUUUUAGAUAAUUGGUUGAUUUAGUGUGUUGAAUUUAAAUUGUAGAUUAGGAUUGUUGGCUUUAAGUGUUGUGUGUGGUUUCACUAUUCCGAUAGUUAAGCAAAGCCAAUAAAACGGGGACAAGGAUACCUUUCUUCCUUUUCCUGAACAACUGGGAAUGAACCCUGUCAUUGACCCGACGUUUUCACCCUUUCCCCAACCCCCAACUGAAGAAAAUGUAAUUUAAUAAGGUGUUUAGUUGUUUGGGAGAUUCAUGAAUCUUCUCUUCAUAGAUUCUGCAUUGCAUUUCUUAUUUCUGUCUCUAAAUGUAUUUGCGCUUACUGUUCGUGGAAUGUUUGCGGUCUUUACUUUUUGUGUAUGAAGACAAGCUAGAAACAAAAGACUGUGUGGCUGAAUCGUAAUGAACGUACCAGUCAGUUCAGCUGUUGUCACAUUUGUUGUAGUCUUUCAGUUGUACCAUUCAUGCUGUAAAUACAGCGUUCUCACAAACCAAGCAGCAUUAGUUUACAUUACAAAUACAAUCACUGAGCGUGUAAAGAGUAUUAUUGUCCCCAGGAGCAUUUUUGAACUUGAACAACUGAUUUGUUUGAUUAUGUUUAUUUUUUUUGUUGGUUUGUUUUUGUUUUCUCUUUCAUUGGUGCGACUGUUACUGUUCGCAUGGAGUGGUUUUUUUGUGUUGUAUUUUUUUUUUUACAUCAUAUUUAAAGUAGAUGUGCCUGAGUUUACUACAUAAUUUGUGUAUGGCAGUCUGCAGACAUUGGUAACUUGUACUCAUCCAUCAUGAGCAUCGUCUCUUUUCGCUUUUUUUCGAUUCCAUACGGUGUAACAGAGACGGUACAACACAACGCCCUCUUCAUAAUGAUGCUCAUUUUACCAUGGAACUCUCUACAUGUUCUGAACUGCACUUCACAAAAGGAAUUAAUCGGUUACCGGAAAACAUCCUCUCAUUUCGUAUCUUUCCUUGUUUGGAGACGAACCUCAAACUCUUGUUUACUUGCCUCCUGUCAUGUUUGUUUGGUUUGGGUUUUUAUUGGUUCAAGUGUUUCUCAUUUCUCUGGUGCUCAUUGUCAUAUCAUGGGGGUUCUCCUCAUUUGGUUGGGUUUUUUAAAUUGUUUUCUUUUGUUUUCCCCAACGACAUGCAUUGCUGUAUAUUUGUCUGUCGGUGCACAAAAUGAUAAUCAUAAUUCCUUUAUAUUGGACCAACAGCUUUCAUUAAUCGUCCUGUUAUCUUAGCUUUUGACACGUGAAGCAUCAGGUCAGACGUAGUGUAUUUCUUAGUGUUGUUUAUCAAUCUGGAAUCAUUUUCAGACUAUUAUUUUUGCGUACCUCUGUUGAUUUUUGGACUCUUUUGUUCUUUUUCUAUUGAUUGAUGUUGGAAUUUUUAAAAAGAUCUCUUUAUUUCAUUGUACUAAUAUGAAAUUAGACCAAGAACGUUGGGUCUUUAGA